AAAUUCUUUAGAUGAAGUUUGAACAACAUUAAACCAAAUUCUUUGUGUCUUAUUGUUCAAGCUAAAGCUGGAAAACCUUGUAAUGUUGAAUUUUUGUUUAUGCCAAGCUUAGCAAGCUUUGUGUUUCCGACUUUAACAAAUAGUUAUAGCCACAACUAGUUGCUUUUAGCCAGAGUAGCUUGGCAGACGUCGCCAUGCUGUCCAUAGUAGUCGAACUAGCGCAUAGACCAUAUGCAGAUCCGGUGGCACAGCAGUUGCCCUUUAUGGGCUCAGCCUGGAGCGUUGGCCUGGUGCUCGCCAGUUACAUGUGCUUUGUGCUAAGCUAUGGCCAGCGAUUCAUGUUGCAGCGUCAGGCGUAUAAUUUAAAAAAUAUUUUAAUUGCCUACAAUGGCUUUCAAGUGAUUUACAAUGCGAUACUGUUCGCUGCUGGCUUCUAUAUGCUUUGCAUUGCUCGUUGGUACGACUUUCGCUGCAUGGAGACGAGUGCGCUGGAUGAUCCUCGAAAGCAUUACGAACGCAUUGUCUGCUAUGCCUACUAUAUCAACAAGAUCAUCGAUCUGCUGGACACGGUGUUCUUUGUGCUGCGCAAGAGCUACAAGCAAAUCACAUUGCUGCAUGUUUAUCAUCAUGCGCUCAUGGUGCUGAGCAUUUAUCUCAUUGUGCGUUACUACGGAUUCGGCGCCCAGUUCUUGGUCAUGGGUGUGCUCAACACCUUUGUGCAUUCGAUUAUGUAUUGCUACUAUCUGGUGGCGGCAUUGAGACCCGCAUCCAAAGGCAAUCUCUGGUGGAAGAAGUACAUAACCAAGGCGCAGCUGCUGCAGUUUGUCAUUAUCUUUACGCAAUGCAUGUGGAUAUUGAAAUAUAAUCCCACAUGCAAAUUUCCAUUGGUGUUGCAAUACUUUCUAGCGCUGCAAGCCAUCACAUUUAUCAUACUAUUCACUCAAUUUUAUUUCAAUGCAUACAUCAGGCCCAAGAAAAUAAAGCAAACAUAAUGAAAGUCUGUGCAGACGAUUGCUUUGUGAUUGAGAAACUAAAGUUACAACAACACCAAAUACAACAAUAAUACUA